AUGUCCUCCGGUGUCAAGCUCGCUCAAGACUGUAUCGAAAUCUUCAACCAGAUGAAGUUGGGUCGCAAAUUCUCUGCCAUCUUCUACAAGAUCGGUAACAACAACCAAGAGAUCGUUUUGGACAAGACCCUCCCAGCCGGUUCCAGCUUUGCUGAGUUCUUGUCAAACGUCCCAGCAUCUGACUGCAGAUACGUCAUCGUCGAUUACGCCUUCACUGAGGRAGGGAGCCAACAAGAACAAGAUUACCUUCGUCUCUUGGUGCCCAGACAACGCACCAAUCAAGAGCAAGAUGCUGUACACCUCCUCCAAGGAUGCCAUCAAGAAGGCUUUGGUCGGAAUCCAGAU